CAGUUACAUUUACAAAGACCUUUCAUAAUAUCACUUUACAAUGAUCUAAUUUAGUGUUGGAUUUAUGUCCUUUUACUUGCUGGGAGUAUGCAAGAAAUGAUGCACCUGUACUGCCAACUAGCACCACUAGAGGGCAGUGUAAUUGACAGUUACUGUGGGAGCAAAGAGCUGGCAGUGUUCACACACACACCAAUGACGUUUAUGCCAUGCCAUGAUUUGACAGCAUGAAUCAGGAAUGCAGAUAGAAAGAAUCACAGGACUAAUCGAUACGUGGUCAGCAAACAAUGGGUUUGUUGGAGUCUAUCUACUCUGUGGAUAUAUACAGGGUUGUGCACCUCGCUGCUGUAUUUUGUCUAUCCGUGGUGUUGGCAAAGGCAAUUCUGUUGUACCAAAGAUGUACAGAAAUCUCUAAAGCAUUGAAAGCUUUUCCAGGACCUCCUAGCCACUGGCUGUAUGGACAAGCUAAUGAGUUUCACCAGGAUGGGCAAGACCUUGACAGACUGUUGAACUGGGGAUUACAGUAUCCAUAUGCAAACCCUGUUUGGUUUGGGAAAUUCGUUGUGUAUAUGAACAUCACUCACCCAGAAUAUGCCAAGGCUUUACUAUCCAGAACAGAUCCCAAGGAUACUAUCACUUAUCAUCAUUUAAUUUCCUGGAUUGGUAAAGGAUUAUCGGUUUUAUCUGGACAGAUAUGGGACAAACACAGAAAGCUGCUAACUUCAUCGUUUCAUUUUGAUGUACUGAACCUGUAUGUAAAUCAGAUGGCAGAGUCUACAAAGAUCAUGUUGGGCAAACUUGAAGAACAAAUAACAAGUUCGGACACCAUUGAUAUCUACCCAUAUGUCACCUUGAUGACGCUGGAUACCAUAAUAAAGUGUACACUUGGUUGGAACAGCAACUGCCAGAUAGACAGGGAGAACACAUACACUAAUGAUCUGCUAGAGCUCACAAGACUGCUGAAUGAAAGACUCUGCUUCUUUCCUUAUUACAGUGACUUUGUCUUUUCUUUCAGUCCUUCGGGAUUUCUGUUUAGGAAGGUUUAUAAAACCUCACAACAGCACACAGCCAAUAUAAUAAAACAAAGAAGAGAGACCCUUCUACGCGAGGAUAAACUGGAUAAAGACCAGCAAAGUAGGCAUCUGGAUUUUUUGGAAAUGCUUCUUGCUUCUCAAGAUGAAAAUGGUCAGGGUCUCUCUGAUGAGGACAUCCGUGCAGAGCUGGAUACAAUUAUAUUUGAAGGACAUAACACAACUGCCAGUGGGAUCUCCUGGAUCUUAUAUUGCAUGGCCAAAUACCCAGAGCACCAGCAUAAAUGCCGGAAGGAGAUCAGGGAGGUGCUUAGGGAGAGAGAUACUUUGCAAUGGAAUGACCUGACUCUGUUUCCCUACACCACAAUGUGUGUUAAAGAAAGUCUGCGACUGUAUUCUCCAAUGCCAAUCCUUACUAGAAGACUCAGCAAACCAAUUUCAUUUUCUGAUGGUCGGUCCUUACCUGAAGGUUGCCUGGUCUCCAUGUGCAUUGAUAGCAUCCAUAGAAACCCUGAGGUCUGGGAAGAUCCAGAGGUGUUUGAUCCAUUGAGGUUCUCCCAUGAAAAUUCUGUGCUCUUGCAUUCUCAUGCAUAUCUUCCAUUUGCAGCAGGACCAAGGAAUUGCAUUGGUCAGAAAUUUGCAAUGAAUGAGAUGACAGUCGCAAUUGCUUUGACCUUAAAUGCCUUUGAGUUGUCACUGGAUCCAUCACAACUACCCAUCAAAGAAGCACUGCUUGUCCUUAAAUCUAAAAAUGGCAUUCACUUGAGGAUCCAAAAACAAACACAAAACAAAUGAAUGGAGGCAAAUCAAACCACACUUCUAUAGUUCUACUAAUGACGAGUCUAUAGUAAUGGAAUUCAGGGUUCUGUUUCUAGAAAUGCCAGCUGAGACUAGCUUUGGCAUUGCUGUCAAAUACAAUUUUAUUGUAAGCAACUUUCCAUUAUACAUUUAAUUGUAAUUGUAAAUGUUUUUGCAGUUAUUUCUGUUCACUGUUUCUGUUCACUGCAUUAAUGGAGAAGGAAAGUCUUCGUGCACUUGGGGGUUCAGAAUGUUAGGCACCCCAAGUGAUUGUACUUACUUACCAGCAGAAAACUGCACCUGCCCAUGUCCUCUUACAUCUUCCACUUUCUUCGCGCGACUGCGCAUGCGCAGUAGAACGAAAAGCUGAAUUUUAACGAAAAAGUCGGCUAUUUUGUUCAAAAGCGCAUGUGUUUGGCCCAGGAUAUUUCAAAAAAGAAGAAGCUGGAAGAGAAACGCUCUGUGGUGCUUGCUAGAAUAACCCCCAGCCCUAUAGGAGCACAAUCAAGUAAGUAAAUACAAUCACUUGGGGGUCAGAACUAGUAGUGCAAAGAACAGAAAGUGGCAGACAACUUCCAUUAGCAUUUACAUUUACAAAUAACUUUAAAGCCAUUGAAAAUGUUAAUCUAACGUAUAUUGGAAAGUUGGGUAGAAUUAUUAAACAAAAACACCUGUUUAAAGCCUGGAAAUAAAUUAUAUCAAA